AUGGCGAGUAUCCCACCUUCCGUUACGGCCAUGCCACAUAAUGGUCAAUCAGAACUGGAACAGGAUCGUAAACGUUGGUUCGCUGAAUUCGGAGCGCUCAAAGCCCGCUUUGAGGCAGAAAAGGAGAACAUAAACGCCAAAUUCACACAGCAGCAGCGUGACGCAUGCCACGAUCUCGACGAUGAGGCCCGUUUCGUCGACACGUUGAAUCUGCCCCAGAAAGCUCGCGAGCUUCUCCAAAAGUACCAGCAUGAAUUACGAUCCCAUCGAUAUGCUGCCUGCCAGCAAAGGUGUGACGCCGAGGAAAAGGAGCGGGGCAAGCGCGAAACGAUCGCUCUCCGAGAUCAUCACAUUGUGUUCCCCGUUGGCGGCGGCGGCGGCUACACUUCACGCAACACUGUUCACGCUCCGAAUUCUGGCAUGUUGGGACGUACGCCAACAAAUUCGUCGGCUCAGAUGGGCGGCGGACGUGUUGGUCCAGCUGCGCGCGGCUCGCCCUCAGUCAUGGCGACGAGCGCACCUCCUCAGCAGGCACGCCAGCCUCUGCCACAAGGCCCGAUGAUGCCCAAUCAGCCAGUUCAACAGAGACCGACAAAUGGAAUACCUGGCCACGGUAGUUCAGCUCCGAUGCCGUCCCAGCUCGACCAGCAAAUCCGUCAGUCGCAGCAGAUCAACCAGGGCCACCCAAAUCAAGGACAGAACUGGAUUCACCAUAAUCAGGGCCCGCAGCAAGGUUCGCCUCGCACUUCAACCUUGUAUCACCCAACUCGGCCGGUGAACACCCCUGCAGCAAAUGGCCCCCCCCGAGUGCUUCCUUCGCAACCUCAUGUUCCUACGCUAGGUAGCAAUCACUACGGUCCUCCAAGAGCAGGACCUGGACAGCCUGCCAUUGGCCCUCAGCCUAACUUGGCUGAUCGCAGCAACCGAGUACCUCUGCCACCCACGAAAUCUGGACCCAUGAGCUCCCGUGGGGACAAACUGUAUCCGGGUGAUGUCAGCGACAUCUCACCAGGCUCUAUUUUACGACCGGAAGACAUGUUGAGGCUGUCUGCAGACUUUCAUUCCAAGCGCCAUAAGAUGGCCAAGAGGAAGUCCGAUGCCAGCGAGAUGUCAUCUGGAGAUGCGGAUCCGAAACGUGCGAGAACUGAUACGCCACAUUCGAUAGCCCCCAGGACGAUCACUUUUGCCGAAGUUUACCAAAACGGCAAGGCAGAAUACAAGCACAACAUUGUUAAGUACGAGGACGUUUUCUAUAUUCUGCGAUGCGACGAGCAUGGGGUGCAUUUCAAGCAGAAUGCCCUUGCAGCCGCAGCCAAGCACCUUCACGGCGCCUCGCAUGGCCACCAGAAGAAGGAACAUAAGUUGGCAGUCGAAACCAUUGGAUUUCACGUCGUGGACUGCACGGAAGAGCUUGCCGCACUGAACAACGAAUGCGUUCGCCUUGCUUUCGAAAGCGGCUAUAAACCUCUGAACCAGCUCCACGGCCCGAAGUCUGGUGGUAAACGACAGUCAGCCGUUAACGCAAUGGCUCCGGUCAGGGAUCCAUCAGUUUCCGAUUCAUCAUUCCAGGCUCCCCCUAACAGCGCUGGAUCUUACCAGACAAAGCUAGACGCCAGGACCCAGGAGGACAAGCAUCAAGAUGUUGCAGAUUACAUCAUGAACCCGAUUCCAGGCGAUAUUUAUCACGCAAAAUGGCCGCGAAGCAACAAGCUCUAUAUAGUCAUGAUUCUGGGCUGGACAUCACUGAAGAUGUGCGGGUGGGAUGGCUGGCUCAGCGACACCCAACUUUGCAACAAGAAGAUCAGACCUACCUGCUAUACGUACAAUGAGGAUGGCAUUGGUGGCUGGGCACCGGGAUACCGAGACGGCGAGCUACGCAUGUUGGACAGAGACGUUCCGGUCUUGUGGUUUGAAAAGCAGGGCAACACUCGAUUAGGCUGGCUUGGAGUCAAGUUUAUUCUCAAGCCACUACUGCUUGAUGACCCUGAUCGACCUACUGACCCCUUGGAUCCUUCGAACCAAGCAAGAAAGAAGUAUGCAGAGACUCGUGGGUAUGACUCGUUCGAGGCAAUGCUGGCUCAUGUGCAAGGGGGGCAAACGCCGACAGGUGGAGAAGCAGAAUCGACGGCAGAGGCGACGGCGACGACGACGACGACUGCGACUGCGACUGUGGCUGCUGCUGCUGCUGAGACUACUGCUGCGAAGCUACCCUCGUUUGCCUCGGCAUCAGACUCGGACCCCGUACCUGACGUUGACAUGUACGACUUUGGCGACAACCCUCCUCCAGCCGAUGAUUCGGAGGAUGAAGAUUACGUGGAGCCGAAAAGCCAAAAAAGCCAAGAUUCAGAUGACGACAUGGCAGAUAUAGAUGACUACCCGACUACCCCUCAGCAGCCUCUGAGGCGAAGCACUCAAGAGGUGCGCCCUACUUCGCGGCUGAGCGAGAGUAGUUGGAUGACGGGCAGAUCCGGAGCUGCUGCUGGCACGCGUCUGUCAGCUAAGAAAGACAAGGCAGCAGCAGCCGACAAGGAGGAUGUGACAAUGGACGACGCUGCGCAAGUAACCCCGUCCAAAGAUCGGGUCGUGGCCAAAGGAAAUGCCAUUCCCGUCACCGCAAACAACAAUGAAGGCCUCCCCAACACUGCUCUUGAAACACCAGCAACUCUCCAGCAGGGAUCUUCGGAGAAUGCUAAGAACGCGCUGCCAUCUGCUGCCGGUGCGAACCCUCGCACUGAGGAUAGCGCUUCUAUGAACACCGCAUCCCCACAUUCGACGGCCGAAUCAGCAGCUGAGCGACCCGUGCUCACUGAGAUCGCCAAGAGCAACGCGCCUCAGAGGCUGAAUGCCCAGGAGAGCGUGCAGACGGCAGCAUCGCAAGACGGAGAAAACCAUUCCCAGAUCGAUCAUGCGUCAAUGGCAAGCUUGGCCCAGAGCGCGAUGAAGGCUGCUUCCAAAUCCCCCAGCCUGGACAAGAGAGUUGCCCGUGUAAGCCCCAAGCUACAGAUCGCAAACCUGGUCAACGGCACAGCCAGCUCUGAAAAGGCAGCUCGUCGACCUCUGCCAUCUGAGCCGUCCCCUGACAUGCAGCACACUGGCGCAGUCCUCAGUCAGCCAGCGCCACUCCGAAACCCCCUGCCUCAGAAGCCCAGUCAAGGAAUCCACCUCGAUCAAAUGGCGAGGGCUAGCCAGCACCCCUCGCCCGCUCUGUCUACCAAGAGCAUCAAGGAGAUAGCGUCGCCAGCGUUGAAUAGCCCGAUUCAACAGCCCCCGCGGAGUACCAGCGCCGAGAGCACUGCUCGCCGACCCGAUCCUCGCAUGAGCAUUGCUAACAUGAGCAGCAGCAGCCCUCAUGAGGACCAGGAACGUGGGGCCAUCAAACAGACGGUGCUUAGUACAGGCAACGGCACUGCCUCGGGUAGUAGCACUCCCAAAGUGUUGACUCACGCCAGCUUGGUCAACAGCGAACAGUGGCGUGCAGUCCGCACAUCGGAAUCGCCACGCACUACGCCUGCGGCGCUUCAAUCGCCUGUCAUCGACCGGAGUGCGGCCGCGUCCCCUGCUCUGGGAGGCAAGAGAGAUACAGAGAACUUUUUCGACGUAUCGGAGUUCCACGAGGGUAGCAGACACUGGGCGCAGCCGGGCAAAUUUCUGCGAUUCGCUGCCGAGGACGAGUCGAGCAGCAUGAUGCGGAGCAAAGAAGAGGACGGCAUGGAGGCCGUCGUUGAUGCCGGCCAAGUCCAGGCAGCGAAAAUGACGGGAACAACGGUCCAGCUGGAGCUCAAGACAGAUAAUAGCGAGAAGUUGGAGCAGAGACUAGUGUUCGAGACCAACUCGUUGACGGGCAGCCAACGCGGGGCAAGGCUGCAAGCUACCAAGUUCUAUCGAUGGAUCUCGACCAAGAACCCGGACAUACAACAUCUGUACUAG